AUGAAGCACGUCGUCGUUUCGAAACUCACAUGGACCGCCAAAGCUCCGACUUUGAAAUUGCUCCUUCUCCAUACAUGGAAGGCUGGGAAUCCGACCCGUCCCGACGGGUUCUUUGAAUUCUCGACACUGUGGACCGAUGAACUGGGUGUACUGGUCCAAGGGCUUUCGCCGAAGCAACUGGCCAGCCAUUUGCAAGAGAUUUUACACGUUGGAAAGGUCUACUUCGUAAAACAGUUCGCUCAACGUGAAUCCAGGAGGCGCUGGGCACCUUGCUCCAAUGACCGCCUCCUGUACUUUAAUUCCAAUUCUUCCUUCACACCCUCACCUGAAGAUGAUCCCACCUUCUGUCGUGAUAGCUUUGAGUUCCGCCGUUUCGAGGACCUCGAAGACAUUGCUUCCAGGCAUGCCUGUUUAGUUGGUUCGUCUCCCAUCCUUAGUUUUAUGUUUACAUUGAUUUUUGUAGAGCCUGCUGACCAUAGCGACCCUUCUUAG